AUGCAGUCCUGGCCUGGCGCUGGUCAGAAUGGCGCAAAUGACGGACAUAAUUCCUGGCAAUCCGGCUUCGCAUAUGCCGACCAAAACAACCAAUUCGACCCUAGCCAGGCAUGGCCGCAGCCAGGCGCUGAGCAACCCUUCUCCCACCUAGAUCCGCAGGAUCCCUCCACGUCCAACUACUUUGAGGCGCCGCACCAGGGAAAUGCGAAUGCCUACCUUGGCGGCGGCCUUCACGCUGCGGCCUCUAGCCAGGCCCCGUUCCAUGCUGGCCAUGGCACGCUCGCUUUAAAUCAGCAGUUCUCGCAGCCUGGCCAAGAUGUGCUAGAUCCUGCCUUCAGUAAUAUCCACCCCGAACUGUAUGGACACCAGCCCAAGGUCAGCCUGGCGGGAGAUGGAAUUGGCCAGAUGGGACAGGUUCAGAGCCACCCACAUGCCCAUCCUCAGGGAUUCAACCAGCACGAAUUUCCAUUUGCCUCGCAGAACGACCAGCUGUACGACGCUCCCGGUCCCUAUAGCCAGCCUCAACAGGUCACCCAGCCAGCGCGCCAAGGAAGCAACACUCCAGUCCAGCAUUUUGAAAAUCUGCAUGGAGGCUUCCCCCAGGGCCCUCGCUUCGGGCAGUCGCCCCAGCCGCCGUCAGUACAGCAUCAACAGCAACCUCCUUAUCGUCAGGGACAGCCCUUUUCCGACCAGUAUCAGCUCAAUAACGGCCUCAGCUACCAACAGCCAAACUCGUCCCAAUAUUCUACGCAGCAGGGAUAUGCACCACAGAAACCGAAUACCUUUACUCCGCCUCAGCAGGGCACGCCUGUGCAGCAGCAGCAGCAGCAGCAGCAGCAGCAACUGGCACCACAGCCUCUUCAGCAGCAGCCUGGUGCGCCGUCUUCCGCUCACUCGACAAUGGGGGUGAAUCCCAAUGCUCAGUACGGAGCAGCCCAGCAGCCCGUUAGUACCGGUGCUAUUGCUACUUCCACCAUUCCACCAGCAAUCCCUCCUGUCAUCUCUCAGCCGGUAGAAAGUGGCCCCAAGAAAAGGAAGCGUGCCACCAAGAGCACUCCAGAGCCGGCUGUUCCAGAGCAACCGGCAUACCCCAUAGACUUCCCGGUCGACAUCCUCCCAAGAAAGAGCGAAGACCCCGAAAUCUUAUCUGUUCCCUUACCUUCAGCAGAAGAAGCUCAGCUCAUUGCCCAGUUUGCGAAGCGGAAUAAGGCUGCCCAGAAUAAGUAUCCUUCUAUCAAGGGCCUUCCAUAUCUAGUAUAUGAUGGCACGAUUAAGCUUCCAGCGCCCAAGAGCUACGACAAGCUGUCUCCUUGUAUUGCCUUGCCACCGCACGGCGAUCGUUCCUUGGUACCCGAGCUAGGAUAUCUGCCUUGCGAAAUUCAAGGAAAAUUCACCACGCAGUAUCGGCCGUCUGCAGACAGGAGUGGUUUAGACGAGCGACGAGAAGAGGCGAAACAGCUGUUGGAUGAAUAUGAUCGCUCCAUGUACAGCCUUGGCAAACGCCGGCCAAAGUACACCGAGUAUCCUCAUGCAUUCAAGGAACAGCUCAAGUCCGACGAAGCUUCAAAGAAUAAGGCAGAGAAGCGAGCAAAGAAGGAACAGGAGGAUGACCGAGCGAAGCCGAUCCGACCUCUGGUUCGACCGACUGAUCCGACCGAAGCCGCUGCGUGGGAUAUUAUUGGAAUCGUCAACAUUGAACCUUCUGUGGCUCGCACAUCAUCUCUUAUUGCCGGAAGGGUUCAACAGGCUGGUGAAUUCUUUAUCAAGCUUCGUGGUGAGAUGAAUAAGGCCAAACUGGACGUGGACAAUGCGACAAAAAAUGAGGUCCCGGAACCUGAGCUAGCGGAGCUCAAGAGGGUAGCUGAACAGAAGAAGGAGGCUUUCUACCGCGCCCUGGAUGUCACUAUCGAGCACGCCGACGAUGGCGUUUUGGAUAAUCUUGGUGGCCACCAGAAAUUGGUCCUCAGCCUUGUGAACGCCAUGAUAUCGUCCAUCAAGGCGGGUGAUUUUUCGGGGAAGCUACCCAAGGCGCUGUUGGAAAUCUUUACCCAUUUCCGCAUGACUAAGAGGAUUGCCGAGACUACAAACUUUGAAACGGUACGAAAAAGGUUUGAAGACAAAGGUGAUGAUGAAGUCAAGGAGAUGGCGCGCGAAAUUGCUGCGAACAUGAAGAAGGUCACCAAAACGGCCGAGCCAGAAACGGCUACGGGGUAUACUGGAACAUCUGCAGCCAGUAGGGCCAAAGCAGGUAUCAAAUCAUCUGCAGAUGCCUCUUCAGCUAAGAGAGCUAGAGAUGAUGACUCCGAUUCUCGCACGGUGAAGAAGAUUGCGGUGGAGCCCGGAAGCAGCUCUCUCAGCAAGAAGCUGGCACAGCCAAAGAUCCAACAACCAGCGGUAUCCAAGAUUAUUGCUCCCAAAGGCCUUUCUUCGAUCCUCCCGGGCAAGGCACGCCCGGUAUCAAAACCCGUGGUCAAAUCAGAUGCAGAUAGCCCUUCGACGUCUAGCGAUGAUAAAAUCAAGGUAGACGCUAAGAAGGUGGUGACAAAGACUGAACCGAGCAAGUCGACGGUUCCUAAAGUGGAAGCAAAACCCCUCACGGCAAAGGUAUCUUCCACAUCAAGCUCGAGCGCCUUGUCGGGAAUCGCUUCUCUGCUUGAUUCCAUCAAUGCACCGAAGCCGGCUGAAGUCCCCGCUCCAGCGACCAAGGAGACAAGAGAGUCCGAUACCCCAGAAGCACCGGAAGAAAAAGCGAAGAGACUUCGAAAGGAGGCACGUCGAAAGCUUAGGGUCAGUUGGAAGCCGGAGACGGAGCUUGUGCAAGUCAGAAUCUUCCACAAAGACGACGAAGAAGAUGAAGGCAGGGGAAGCAACUUGACACGAGAUGCAGCUGAUGAUCGUUCCGAAGGUAUGGUCUUGAAGCAGCGUGCUGACGUCGAAGAUGAUGAGGAUGACGACGAUAUUCCGUAUCAACCUUGGCUUGGGCCUAUCGGAAUCGACUUUUCAGCACUGGCCGACGAUGUCCGGGCCAAAAAUUACGUUACGCGUGGUGGCACUGUUACUUUCACGACUGACGAGCAGCAACGGAUUGCAGAGAGAGAGCAGAGAGAGUUAAUGGCCAUCUACACCGACGUCGACGAUAUCCCUGCAACUCCCAAGUCCCCACUUCCAGAGGCGGCGACUACUGCCAGUACCGAAGCUAAGACAGGCUAUCUUCCUCGGGAGGAUGCCAAGUUUGAAGAAAUCCAGCUUAGGUGGCGAGACGAACAACAGUACGGGCUGGACGAGGCAUUACGAUCUGCCAUGAAGCGACUCGAUGCCAAGCAUAGCCCCUCUAGCAAGCUGGAUUCCAUCCUUGGCCGGCUUCAGGGAAGUACAUCGACAUCCGCGUCGUCCUCUCAACCCAUGGCCUCUCUGCACAGCCAGUACUCGCUUCCUCUCCUCUUGGGCGCCGCAGCGGAGAAACAGCUACUUGCGGUACUUCAGUCGGACAAGACCAAGGCUUGGCGUGAUCCCAACCCCGUCCUUUACGGCGAUUCGGUUCGUGUGUAUAAUUAUACCGACCCUACAGUUCGACUCAAUGGAAGUGCUGUUGAAGAGGUCGUGAAAAGCUUGAUUAGCAAAGCAUAUCCCCCGACAUCUCCUCCCGACUGGCUUUCGUUUGAUCAAGAAAGAGUCAGAGAGUGGUGGUUCGGAUAUAACAAGGAGGUUGCUGCCAGGCAGAAGAAAGAGGACGAGGCAAAGGCAAAGGCUGAAGCUGAGGCAAACGCACUUAAGGUUGCUGCUGCUACGGCUGCUGCCGCCGCCGCCGCCGCCAACCCGGCAAAUACCCAAUCCCAGGACUGGUCGGCGCAAUACGCGCAGCAACAGAAUUAUGCUCCGUAUAUGGCACUGCUACAGCAGAUGACUGGUGGGCAGCUUCCAUCAGCUGCGGCGCCGGCGUCAGCCCAGCAUCCUCAAAUCCCUGACGGACAAUUACAAUCGAUUCUCGCCGCCAUCAACCAACCUCAACAAGCAGCCCCUGCGCAAGCUGCGAAUAUUGCUAGUUAUCUGAAUCCGAAUGAUCCAUCGUAUCAGCAGCUAAUGAUGCUCACCCAAAUGGCGCAAGGCCAACAACAACCGCCUCCUCCCCCACCGCCUCCGCCAUCAUCCUUUGAUCAUAGGCCUGAGCGAGACUGGGAUCGGAACGAUAACCAGAGGGGAAGUGAGCAGCACGGAAAAGAGGGUAGGAAAAAGAAGGGCACACUACCGCCGCAUAAACCUGCAAAUAAAGCCCUUAUUGGUACUAAGCCAUGUACGUUUUGGCAGCAAGGCAAAUGUGCUCGAGGUGAUAAGUGCACCUUUAGACACGGCUGA